AUCCAAUUUUCUAAUUCUCAUUUUUUUUGGCUUUUCUUUCAAAUUUUAAUUAGUAAUUUGGUGAUUGUUUUGUUUUUAAUUAGUCAUUUUUUGCUUGUUGAAUUUGAUUGUUGGAACAUUUUCUCUUUUAAUAUCUUGCCAGUGUUUGGAAAUUAAUUGGUUUUAUAUUCACGCUGAUAUUUUGAACUGUUUUCCUUUUGUCCAGUUAAUUUAAGAUUGAUCAUCAUGUCUAUUGGUAUUCCAAUUAAAAUUUUACAUGAAGCUGAAGGACAUGUAAUAACUGUAGAGACAACAAAUGGUGAAGUUUUCAGAGGUAAACUACUAGAAGCAGAGGAUAACAUGAAUGUAAUGAUGGCCCAAAUUACUGCAACUUCUCGUGAUGGUAAAGUGACUAGUUUGGAGAAUAUUUUUAUUCGAGGAUCAAAGAUUCGUUUUCUAAUUCUGCCUGACAUGUUGAAAAAUGCUCCGAUGUUUAAAAAGAUGGGAUCUAAACCCGGGGUGAAGACAAAUGUUACGGUGAGAGGUAAAAACGCUCUGUUAAAAGCACAAGUAGCUCGUGGUCGAGGAAGAGCAAGGGUUAUGAUGGCUAAACGAGGACCAUAAACAACAAAUCCAUCAAUCAAUUUACUGAUCUUACAAAAAGUUCGCGUAAACAUUUUGUCAACUUAAUGUAUUGAUAAUUCUCUGAACUUUUUACAAUUCCUGUAUUACAAUUUUCGUUUAGAUUUUAUUACUGAUCUUACCGAAAAUCAUUGAUUCCAAUAUUUGGAGCUUUGACAAUUUAACCGAUAAUCUGAUCUCAAGAUACUAAAUUGGAUCUCUCAUCGAUUCAAUGUGUUACUCUGAGGAAAAGUUGACAGUUAUAAUCAAUCAAAUCUGUAAACCCAAAUAAAUUGAAACUUUAACGUAAAAUAA